AUGGGGGCCGUUUUGCUUCGUUGGUUUUAUAGGAAGGUCGGUCCUGGCAAGGCGAGAGGACGACGAGUGGCAGAAGUAGAUCAAGACCAUGGAGUAAAGGUCAUGGCACAUCACCGUAGAUGCGUUGCGACCACUCAAGUCGAUCGUGGAAAUGUAGAGUAUGUUUUCUACAUGUUCCGCUGCACAACAUCAUUGGCGAAGAAGUUCGAAAACAUAUUUUCGAGAGUGGCUUCCCUCAGAACCAUGCCGAAGGCAAGGUCUGAGGGUAAGAAGAAGUUUGAUGAAGGGUAUAUACUCAUUGUCGGAAAACGUAAAGGUUCCCCGAGGCGAAGAUCCGACAAGUUGAAGUAG